AUGAACCUGGAGACGCUGCUGGCGUACGGCAACAUGCUGGUGAAGGAGCAGGAGAACGUCAAGCGCGUGCAGCUCGCUGACACCUACCUCGCGUCGGCCGCCCUCGGCGACGCCAACAAGGACCAGAUGGAGCAGGGAACCUUCUUUGAAGAUGGCUAUGCCCAACAAGUGGGAGUGCCGGUGCCAGCAGGCUGCCCUGAUCCCACAACGUUCUAUUCCCAUUGCAAUCUCAACCCGUUUUUUACCCUUUUCAAUCCCUCUGCAUCUCUUCCUUCAGGUGGCUAUGCCCAACAAGUGGGAGUGCCGGUGCCAGCAGGCUGCUCUGAUCCCAACGCUGUCAACUACGACCCCACUGUUCGCAGCGACGACGGAAGCUGUGUCUACGACUUCGCCCAAUAA